AGGGGUUGGUAUUUAAAUCUUAGCAGUCCUUAGUUGUCUGUCGGUUCAAUGAUUUCCAAAUAAGUCAGAGACUUGUGAGAAGAAUGGUUUAAAUUCAGAACUGGGACUUACUUCCUCGAUGAAGUGAAACUCUGCCAUGAAAACUGACCGUCGUUAUCAACUGCUGUACAUUCUGUCUCUUGUUCUGUCGACGAAAGGAAAUGUCUUCACAAGCUGUGAUUUUGAGGACGGGUUUUGUGGUUGGACAAACCGGAAAUGGAUUAGAUAUGAAUUUAAGUCGCCAUUAGAUCAAACAGGACCGGACGAAGCCUACACAGGAAGAUAUUAUAUUUAUUCCCACGGAAAUGAGAUCGGAUUUAAUGCCACAGCCACUCUGGAGAUUGGUAACAUUACAGGAGCAAAAACGUACUGUCUGUUAUUUAAUUAUCACAUGAAGGGUUCACAUAUAGAGAAACUGGAGGUAAAAUGGAAAGAUUCUUUAGAAGUAAUCUGGAAAGUGGAGAGGGAACAAGGAUUAACGUGGAACUGUGCCGCAGUUAAUGUAACCUCAAAAGAAAAUAGCAGCAUCCUAUUCCUCGGAACAACAGGUAGAACAGACAGUUCUCUGGCAGACAUCAUUGGACUGGAUAAUGUCAAACUCGUCUCCCCGACAGGAAACUUCUGCAACCAGAAAGGUUGUGAUUCACAAUUUACUCCGGAGCCAACGUCACCCCCUUCCUCAUCAACGUCAUCCCAAUCAACUACGUCAUCAAUAUCGACGAUACAGGGCGCGUCGUGGUUUGAGGACAAUAUUCCGUACCUGAUUGGAGUGCCCGCAGCAGUAUUACUAGUAUCACUUAUUCUUAUUGGAGUCUGUGUUUUCCAAGCACAUCGAAAAAGGAGGUACUAUAUUGUUCAUACAAAAAUAUCUGAAUAA